AUGCCCGCCUUCAAAACCCUCCUCAUCCUCACCCUCGCGGCCCUCUCAACAGCCACACCCCUCUACCUGCCCAUCCCAAAAAACACCACAUUCGCCGAAGCCCUCGCCAUCGAAAAAGCCUCCCUCCCACACCUAACCCUCACCACCAUCCCCUCCACACCCCUCUCAACCCCAACACCCCCUCCUGUCCACGAAGAACACUUCAGCUUCCCAGUUAUGCCACUCUCUCACCACACACCCCGCGGGCCAAUCGCCGACUCGCUCCCACAAAAAACCCUCUCCUCACUCGCCCUCCUCUCCACACGGAUCAAGGCCCUCACCUCCUCCGUAAAAGACUACGAUUCCUCCGCACCACAAUCAGCAUACGCCAUCGAAACCGCGCUGCAAUCGCUCCACCACGCAUCGCUACAAACCAACGACGACGCGCUGCUCCUCGCGCCUUUGUCGGAGGAAGAUUCGACGAAGAUGGUCGGGUAUAUAAGGGAUAAUAUCGUGGUGGAUGUCAUGGAGAGCGUCAAGGCGAUGAAGGAGAAGGAGGAGGACUUCAAGAAGGCGAAGUUGCAUAAGAUUGUGGUGGUGGUGUUGAAGAGUUUGAGGGAGGAUUAUGAUAGGCCUAGUAUGGUCUUGGCGAAGAAGAUUCAGAAGCGCGAUUUGGGGGCGGCGAGGGAGUUAUUGAAGAGUGUUGAUGAGGCGAUUGAGGAGGGGAUUAAGGGGUUUGAGGAAGAUUGA